GGUAGGAUGGUCAAGAAGGACGUAGGGCAGACCCUCUAAACUCGACGAACUGCUUACCGAUCUAUCCCUUGUUACUCCUGUCAGGUUGGUUAGCAAAAAGAGGUGAAGAUGCCGGACGCUGAUGAAAUCGAGCGUGGCCCGGCCGCUACGCCAGAGGAUUUCGUCAAGGCAAUCGAGAAAAGGGAGUUGGCACGACUUCAAGUGCCGAAAGUUAAUAUCUUCCAUUUUAAUGGGGACAAAGUAUCCGAGUGGCUGGAGAUGCUGGAGCAGGUUACGGCCGAGGUGCCUGAGGCAGAUAAAUUCAAGUUCCUACCCAGGUACGUCUGGUGGGAAACUCGGCCCGAGGUAAUGAAGGUGGUUGCUGGAGUAGGAGGAGACUGGGCUAAGUUCAAGGCAGAAAUGCAAAGGCGGUUCAAGUUAGGGGAUGACUUGUUAACGAAGACAGAUUUGGAGAUGUUACAGCGGGACGAGUUCUUUACGGUGGGAGCUUUCGCAACGACAUUUGAGAAGAUGGCCAAGAAAGUCCCUGGAUUGGCGGAAGAAGAACAAUAGAAAGAGGCAAAAAGGAAAACUAUGGCGACACCACAGACCCAAGGGAAGGCAAAGAAAGCAGUGGUGCAGGAGGAAGAAGAAGAGGAAGAGGAAGAGGAGCCUGAGCCACAGAACUUGACCAAGGCUCAGAGAAAGGCAAGGAACUUGGCUCAAGGGGGGCAGGGCUCAGGAAAGGGGCAGGUCCCGCAAGCUGUAGCCAUGCCACCUCCUGAGCCGCCCAGUCAGGUUGCACCAGCUCACUAUGGGCCAUGGCUAGGUUGUGGACCUUCGAGUCAUUGGCAUGGGCAUUGUUCAUACGCCCCGUGGCCAAUGAGCGGGCCGCAUGGGUCGUGCGCCGGACCAUCAGUGAGCGCGGCUUCCUGUGGCUGCUCUGGACCCCAAGCGCAACAAGUGAGCCACCCGAACCCACCGCCAAACCAACCCCAGCAGUCAGCCCCACAAGGUUCGCAAGGCAAUCAAGGGGGUGGACGUGGACAGAACCAAGGGUGGGGCCGAGGACGGGGGAAUGGUGGCCGUGGAGGAAAUGGUAGAGRGAAUGGUGGUGGUAACACUUCAGGUGGCGGAAACGAGGGUUGGACGGCAUCCGGGAGUCAAGGCGGUCAAGAGGGUGGAAGAGGUGCUGGCAGAGGGAGAGUAGACUGGAGAAAUGCCAUUUGCUGGCAUUGUGGGCAGAAAGGCCACACUAUUAAGUUCUGCCACGUCAGGAGGAAUGAAGAGGACGAAGGUUUAAUUAGCACCAACUAUGAUGGAGACAUGUACAACAAGUGGGGGUACCACCUUGACCCAAAGAUUCCAGGCGGUACGAGGAAGGAAGCCCUGCGAAGGGCUGAGGCCGGUGAGCCACCCGCACCUCCAGCCAUGUUUCGGAUAUGGCAUGAGAAAGAGGUCCGUAGUGACGCCAGGGUGGAGGAGGUAGGAGAGAACGCAGAGGUGGAGCAAGAAAGGAAGGCCGACACUACUAAGAUAGAACCGAUCAUAGUGGAGUCCGACGAUGAGAUUGAGGAAGAUUGCUGGAAGAGGCCGCUGCAUGCUGAGACAGGGGGAGAUUAUUGGAGAACGGCCCGACAGACAAUGGAGAGAAUGGAGGACCUGAUAGACAAAGUCGGGAGAUACCAACAAAAGUUGGCUGAUAUGUGCGAAGAAGUCAAGGGGUGGCAAGGUAAGGAGCCAUCGGUAUACCUCUACGACUUAGGUCCGGGGUCGCAAGGAGGAUCCGGGAAUCUACCAAACGUUACGACCUCAGGAGCGAUGCCUCGAUCAGGAAUGACUUUCAGACCACCUUCCAGGACGGGGAGGGCACCGUACGCUGUCAGAACGAGGGCUAAAGGGCCAGUGAUUCCCGAAGAACCAGCCAAGGAUGUUCCUGAACCAAGUGGAGAGAAGGAAGUUGUGGACGUUCCAGAUGAAGAGGAUAAUGAGGAUGACAGGUUGAGGAAAGAGGAGGAUGAGAAGGCUGAACAACGAGCCAAAAAGAGAGGUGCCAAGCGUGAUACAGACAAGGCACAAGAAGUAAGAAAGAAGAAGUACACUGUCAGGGUGGAAGAAGGCUUCGAUGUGGAAGAGAUAAUGGACAGGAUACUCGAAGGUCAUAAUCAUCUUAUGAACCUGAAGGAUGUCCUGGCCUCAGCGCCUAGACUUAGGGAUGAGUUAAGAGUGAGACUAUCCAGGAAGAUGGUAGCCAGCAUACGAUUGGGGACCAUAAUCCCUAAGGAGGCUGAGUGGGCUGAGACGGGUACUAAGAUGGACUGGAAGUCUGUCGCCUGUGGCUGCCUCGACGUUGUGGUAAAAGGGAAGACAUGCACCGCAAUGGUGGACAGUGGAGCGGAAAUGAACCUCAUAAAGGAGGAACAUGCCGUACGGCUGGGAAUGGAGAUAGACUGCUCUGACAACGGGGUUUUGAUGGGGGCCAAUAGCCGAUCGAUAUUCAUUGGGACCGCGUCGUCAGUAAUAUUGGAAAUUGGAAAGGUGAAAGUAAGGAGCUGCUUCUUUGUGAUGCCUGACUUGGACCACCCUAUUCUACUCGGGAGAUCGUUCCUAAGUCGGCCAGAGACGGUCAUCCUCAACAAACACGAUGGAACUAUGUUCCUCGUCCUAUGCGACCCAGUAUGUGGGAACUAUGAGGUCAUCACUUGCAAGAACACAGGACCUAGGAGCAUAAGGAACCGGCCCAACCCUGGUUCCUUCACUAUAGAGGAGUCAGAAGAGGAAAGAUUAAGGAUUGGAGUCAGCAAGUAUGAGGAGAGAAGAGAGCCGGAGACACUGACAUUGAACCUGACAAACAUAGGGGAUGCUAUGGAUAUAGUAUCGACCUAUAGGAUGGCAGACCCUGAGGCUGUGGAGGCCUUGAGAGAGAAGGUGGGGGAGCAAAUGGGUGCAGGAGAAAUGGAACUAGUGUAUCGGACGCCUGGAAAGAUGCAGGAGAAUGCUGAGAGUAUGCCAUGUCGUAUCAACCUGGAGACCGAGAAGGCGCUGAUUAUAGGGGAGUCUGGCUUCCUUACAGCGCAGGAAGAGAAGCUUAUGGUGGACACCAUAAGACGAAAGCACACUGCAUAUGCCUUCAAUGAUGACGAGAGAGGACGUCUGGACGUGGAUAAAAUCCCCAUGAUUAGGAUACACACCGUGCCGCAUAAGCCGUGGAAUUUGCGGGGUGCACGAUAUCCUAAUCCAGCUGAUGAGGAAAAGGUAGUCAACUACCUAGAUGGGAAGAUCCGCACGCGUGUAUCGGACUACUCGAGCGGGCCGUAUGCAUCCCCCUGGUUUUGCUUUAUUAAGCUAAAUGGGACAUUGAGGUGGGUACAGGACUUGCAGCGCCUAAAUGCUGUGACUGUUAGAAACGCAGGUGGUCUCCCUAACGCAGAUGCGCUUUCAGAGGCAUGUGCAGGGAAGACCAUUAUAUCUCUGAUAGAUCUAUAUUCUGGUUAUGACCAGUUUCCUGUAUACCCAUCUGACAGGCCAAUGAUGGCGAUGCAUACCCCUCGAGGGUUGAUCCACAUGAACGUCGCGCCACAGGGGUGGACGAAUGCGGUCGCCAUGGUCCAGAGGCACAUGGUGAGGGCGAUGCAGCCAGUAAGCCCUCACAUCACUCAGCCUUACAUUGAUGAUUUGGCCGUGAAAGGGUCGAAGAAGAAAGAUGAGCAGGAGGUGAUGCCAGGAAUCAGGCGCUUUAUGUGGGAUCAUGUGCAAGACUUGUGCAAGGUCCUAGAUCUGUGCGACGAGAGGGGUCGUCGACCGGAUACUAAGAAGACUAACAAGAUUCUCGAAUGGCCAACACCGUUCCAGACUAUCACGGAGGAAGACCCGCUUACAAUUGAAAAUGGGGCGCUACAGGUGGGUAAGCACGAGAAGAUGAUAGGUGGGGUGUACCUGCUGACAAAUGCACUGCUUCAGGAAGAGACGGUCAGAAAUACAGUACUAGAUCAGGAAGAGGUGGUAGAGACGGGAGGAGGUGACAAUGUGAUCCACGAGAGGGAGGAUGAUGACUUUGAGGAAGGUGAGAUUAAAGAAGCAUUUCGAGCAGAGGAAUACGAGGGAGUAUACCUUGAACUCGGCAUGCUUAUUUCGUGCGAGAUGAGGGAAAGGGAUGCCUGCGCGCGGAUUCUGAAGAUGAGGCCAAGUUUCGUGGUAAGAGAUGGCCAUCUGUUUAUGAGAAGUAAAGGAGGAGAUCCCAGAAGAGUAGUUUGCGGCCUCGUCCAUCAGAUUGACAUUAUGGCGGCGCUGCACGACGGUACGGAACGGUCUGCUCUCAGACCCAGGGAGCUGCUGCACCCAAGGUACGUUCGUGAGGUUGGAGCAGUCGUGCACUUCGAUCCAUUGGCAAUGCCAUUGGGGAUAGGGAGCUACAAUUUCAUCUUUGAUGCACGGGACAACCUCUCGGGGUUUGUGGAUGGCAGGGUCAUUCGCACGAAGACUGGAGAGACAUUGGCCCGAUGCAUCGAAGAGUACUAUCUUCGCUACCCCUUUGUUUCCAGGUUUGUGAUGGAUAGGGGGUCCGAAUUCACAUGUGCAGAAAUGAAGGCUCUUUUGAAGAAGUACGGGGUGAUCGUUGAGUACACUACUGUUGCGCACCCCCAAGCCAACGCACCUGUGGAGCGAGGGCAUAGCACCAUUACAAAUCUUCUUGCCAAGUGGACCGAUGGCAGGCCCAACCAAUGGCCAAACUUUCUGAGGGUCGCGUUUUUCGUGGAUAACAUCACUAUCAGGAGGAGCACUGGCUAUGCACUGGCUACGCUAUGGUACGGCAGGCAUGCGACGUUUCCUAUCGAAAGCUUCCUGAAGACCUGGAGACGGCAGGACCUCGAGACGGAUCUGACGCUUGAAGAGCUGCUGGAUUUGAGAGCACGGCAGAUCAGUGUCAUUGAGGACAAGAUUGAGGAAGCGGCAAGUAGGACCGCGGACAGCCGUACCAAGGACAAGUUCCGGUGGGAUAAGAUGGCGAGAGUGAGAAAGGAGCCUCUCAAGGUGGGAGAUGUUGUACUAUUGCUUGAUACCGCUUGGGGCAGUCAUGCCAAGAGGGAGUGGAGGGGCAGGGCCAGUGGAAACCCCUUUGGGGGCAACCCGACAGAGGACGCAGAUGAGGACCAGGAGAGAGGAUUUGGAUGGGAUAGCACCAGGAUGUUGAGAGAGGUGCGAGGCACAGGCGAGUGGGCAGACCCUAUUGCUAAACUGGUCAGAGAGUCGCUGAGCUGGACGAAGAACCUGGCAGAGCUGCAUGAGAGGAUGCAGCAAGAAAAGGCACCCGAUAAGGUGGAGGACAGAAAGGGUGAAGGUACUUGCACUCAGGAGGAGGACCCUCCUCUGUUUUCAGAGGUCUGGUUGGGCUUCGACAAGUUGAUGGAUGCCGCGGGAAGAUCUGGAGGACACCACCAGGAGAUGGGAGUCAAGUUGGUCUCCAGAGACCUACUUAACCUCAAGGGUGUGAUGAAGGAAGGAUUCGCUGCAGCAAAGGCCUCAGAUCAGAGGAUUGGGGACAGGUUGACGAAGGUGGCACGAAAGGCUUAUAGCCAGAGAGUGGACUGGGAAAGAGAAGCUGAGGACCUGAAGAAGGAGUUGGAAAGACAGGGCAAAGAGUUAGAGGCAGUAAAGGCAGACAUGGAAAAGGUCUCAGCAGAGAACGAGGCCGUCAGACAAGUCAACCAGACCCUUAACAAGGUCACUGACGCCCUGAGGGCCUAUUUGUGUGCACAACUGACCUUCUUCCAGGUUAAGGAGACUGAGUGGGAGAAGAGAAUUCGAGACCUCGAAGCCAAGUAUGCCCAGCAAGCCCCCACUAGAGUGGUGGAUUGGACAGAGGUCCAAAGGUUCGAAAUCAGGGAACAGCCUGCAAAGGAGGUCUUCAAGAAGGAAAAGGAAGUAGAGAUGGCGGACCAGCAGGAGGGUGAGGAGGUCCCUCUGAUCGACAAGGAAAUGUUGGAGCAGCCAGAAGUGCUAGCAGGAAAAGGUGCAGGAAUCGGAGAGUUUAAGUGGAGGUUACCCGCUGGCCUGACACUGGGGCACGAGCCGACGGUACUACAGGAGGGACCACCAGCGGAGGUGGUGGGGGUGGACGCAGUUCUGCCUCCAACACAGGGAGAGACUAUGGGACGGCCAGAGGGUCAGGAGAGCGUGGGCCAAACCAUGGUCGGGACUGAGCAGAGAGUGGACCCGGAGGGUUGUCAGGAGUCAACUAUGCCUCAAGAGGUGCCUGUUACUGCAGAUUUGCGAGGUGUACUGGGAUCUUGGGCCACUGGGUCAGGGCUAGAGGGGCGUGUUGGGGAGCUGGGAUGCCAGCAGAUGACAGAGCAGCCUGCCCCGCUUCCUCAGGGGUCCCACAACAGGAGGUUACGAGCAAGAUCUCAACAACCCCUCGAGAUCGAGCUGACGUGGACUUGGGACAGUGAGCACCGUGCCGUGAAUGAGAAUGUGGAGCUGCUUAUCAUCUCAGCCUGGAGGUCAGAGGCAGAGGGAGACCUUCUUCAUUUCGUCUUCGAAAUAGUAGACCCAGGACAUCGGCAGACGAUCGUGUGGGAGCUCUUGCUCCCCUUCACACAGCUGCUCGACGAUCUUCCAACCGACAUCGUCUCGCAUUCAAUUUGCGACGAGAAUCCGGCGCCGCACGUUCUUUCGUGGAGUUUAACGCCGUACUUGCAAUGGUCGGCCUGCCUGGAGGAUCGCGGGGGAGGCGGUAGCUACCCAUCGCGUGCGGAGUAUCUGAAUCCCCGGGGGAUAAUCGAUGCUCUUUUCUUUCAACCCCGAACGGUGUCGGAGGAGGAGGCGGUAGAGACAGAGGAGGAGAACGAGGAGGAAGAAACCCCUAAAGAGGAGGAAAGUUAUAGCGAGUAUAGCGAGCAAGAGUUGGGGACGGUGAGCGAAGAAGAAGAAGAAGAGGAAUCUGAGUAGGAAAGUUUGGGAGGAGAGGUCGACCAGGCGGAAGUCCAAGAAGAGGAUCCCGCGGCAGCCGCGUG